AGCGAUCAAUUUCUUGAGGGUUGCAUUUCGUCAAUUACUAAAUCAACUAAGUCAACUCCUACCGAAAUGAUGCAAAUCAAGUUCCUAAUUGCCUUGUCCGCUGUCUUGAUGCUGAUUUUCCUGGGAGCGGAAGAAUCGCAUGCCGACUGCCUUUCCGGAAGAUAUAGGGGUUCCUGUGCUGUGUGGCACAGGAAGAAGUGCAGAGAUAUCUGCCAUAGAGAAGGACGAACCAGUGGACACUGCAGCCCCAGUCUAAAAUGCUGGUGCGAAGGAUGCUGAAUAAGAUGUACAUGUAUACCCAUUUAGGUUAGAAGAGUCUAUCCAUGUGCAUUGAGUAAUAAAUAGACAACCCUUCCUGACCUAUGGAUAAAAA